GACUUCAUUAUCAACAGCCUUAAUCACCUAAACCAGAGACCUCAGCUUCCAUUUUGCACCUUCCCUUAAACUUGAGCCACAAAAAUCUAUAGACCAUUUUCAUCUUUUCAAUCUUUAUCUAAUCCAACCUCCAAAAGUCCUCCAAUCUUAGCUUUAAACUCUUAUAUUCCAUCCAAAUUCAAAAAGGAAAAAUCAAGAAAAGAAAAAAUAGAAAAAAAGCCAAAAUAAAAAAAAAGGGACAAGAGGAAAAGGAAGAGCUGAAGUGCAAGAGUUUCCGCUGGUCGUCGUUGGAAUCCACCACUAUCUGCCGAACCAUUAUCAGAAUAGCCCUAUAAAGAUAAUACAGUCACAUUACGAUGUACAUGACAGUGAUGGUUUUCUGAUGGACUCGUGAUGGUGAUUGGAAGAACUAAAACAAGCUUCGUCAUUAGCGUAACCAUCCAAUAUUUCCAAGGGCCAAUAGGCCUAGAAAUCAGAAUCCCUUGUCCAGGUCUCUUGUUAGAGUCCAUCAAUACCGCGGAUUCCAUAUUGACAAAUGACAAGCAAAGAAAUUACUUAAACCAUCAUCGAAUUUUGGAGGGAUUUUCAAGCUAGUAUGAGCUUUCAGCCAUCAGCUAGCCAUGUUGGUUCUGAUCAAGCUUAUACUACUUGUGGUUUCUGCUCUAGCUGGCUUUGCAUCUUGCCAGGACCUUAGUAUCACCUACAAUGGAUUCCGAUCCACGAACUUGAGCCUGGACGGCUUAGCUCAGCUCACACCAAAUGGCGUCUUGAAGCUAACUGAUGACACCAAGGAGCAGCAAGGUCAUGCCUUCUUUCCUAAUCCUGUCAGCUUCAAAAAUUCAGCCAAUUCCUCUGCGUUCACCUUUUCCACCACCUUCGUCUUUGCUAUAGUGUCUGAAUACCCUACUAUGAGCGGCCAUGGAAUUGCUUUCGUGAUUGCUCCAAGAAGAGGUCUUCCAGGAGCUCUUCCUAGUCACCAGCUUGGCCUCUUCAAUGAAACAAACAAUGGAAAACCGACCAAUCAUGUCUUUGCAGUGGAACUCGACACAGUCCAAAGCAAAGAGUUCAAUGAUAUCAAUAAUAACCACGUUGGGAUUGACAUCAACGGGCUGAACUCCACACUAGCAGAUCCUGCAGGUUAUUAUUCCAAUGGCAACGGUGUUGUUCAGAACUUGACUCUUGCUAGUGGUAAAGCAAUGCAAGUUUGGAUCGACUACGAUGGAACAGCUAAGCAUAUAAGUGUCACAUUAGCUCCAAUAUAUGCUGGUAAACCAAACAAACCUCUUUUAUCUUUACCCAAUGAUCUUUCACCAGUAUUAAAUGAAAUCAUGUAUAUUGGAUUUUCAUCAUCUACCGGUUCUGUGCCGACAUCGCAUUGCCUUCUGGGAUGGAGUUUCAAGAUGAACGGUGUGGCUCAAGGGCUUGAUCUUUCUCAACUUCCUAAGCUCCCGCGAGUUGGACCUAAGAAAAGGUCCAAAGUAUUAACAAUUGGUUUACCUGUAAUUUUGAUUGCUUCCUUGUCAAUUGCAAUCUCUGGUGUAAUAUAUCGUGUGAGAAUUAAGAAGAAGUUUGCAGAAGUGCUUGAGGAUUGGGAGCAUGAGUAUGGUCCUCACAGAUUCAAGUACAAAGAUUUGUAUAUCGCUACAAAAGGGUUCAGGGACAAGGGAUUACUAGGAAGCGGGGGUUUUGGUAAGGUAUAUCAUGGCAUCCUGCCUAGCUCCAAACUUGAGGUUGCUGUCAAGAGGGUAUCUCAUGAAUCCAGGCAAGGAAUGAAACAAUUUGUGGCAGAAAUUGUCAGCAUAGGCCGGUUACGCCAUCGAAAUUUGGUUCCACUUUUAGGUUACUGCAGGCGGAAAGAUGAACUGCUAUUGGUUUAUGAAUACAUGCCAAAUGGAAGCCUGGACAGGUUUCUAUUUGAGCAGCAUGAGAACACCCUGAACUGGAGCCAAAGAUUUCGAGUCAUAAGAGGUGUAGCAUCUGGAUUGUUUUAUCUACAUGAAGGAUGGGAACAAAUAGUGAUCCACAGAGAUGUAAAGGCCAGCAACGUCCUGUUAGACAGUGAAUUGAAUGGAAGAUUAGGAGAUUUCGGGCUUGCCAGAUUGUAUGAUCAUGGAACAGACCCUCAAACAACUCGUGUUGUUGGAACACUUGGAUACCUCGCACCAGAGCAUACUAGAACUGGCAAGGCUACAACCAAAACAGACGUAUAUGCCUUUGGGGCAUUUUUGCUUGAGGUAGUCUGCGGCAGAAGACCAACAGAACCACAUCCCCCAACAGAGGAUGCCAUUUUGGUUGAUUGGGUAUUUUCUUGCUGGAACAAAGGGCAAAUUCUUGAAGCAGUUGAUCAAAACAUGGGACUUAAUUAUGUGAAAGAGGAGGUGGAAUUGGUUAUGAAGCUCGGAUUGUUGUGCUCACAGUCAGAGCCCAUAGCAAGGCCAAGCAUGCGUCAAGUUGUUCUAUACUUGGACAGCGCCUUGGCACUGCCAGAUUUAAGCUCACUUGGGAUUUCUGCCAGUGGCCUGUCUUUUUCAAGUCAGGAAGGUUUCGGUGAUUUUAACUUAUCAUGUCCAUCUUCGAUGGACAAGCCAUUUUCACACGCUUCGUCCUCUGUUGCAGAAUCGCUACUAUCUGGAGGUCGGUGAUUGAGGACAAUGCUUUCGGUUAAUUAUUUUUUCUGGAGAAUUAUGCAAUUACUGAUCAAUAAGAAACUAUGGCUCUCUGCCCCCCCCCCCACCACUUUCUGUGGCUCUAUGUUUAGUUUGGCAUUAGGGAGUAAGUGAUGUCCCAAAAGAACGAAAACUAGCCAUUAAUGAGAAUUUAGUAAGUUUAAGUGGGAUUGGUAGA